GCUAUAUCAUAGGCUAUAGUUUUUUCUUAUAGAAAUAGAUUAUGGACCUUUAUUACCGUAUGCAUUUGUAGGGUUUUGUGCUUCAUAUUUAGCUGAACGUUCGCCUCCGCUCUCGCCCCUGUCCUGCGGCACUCGAGAGUCGAAACCCUCAAGGAAAUACUUUUCGAGGAGAAGGGCGAGUGAAAAUGGUGGAGAAGACCAAGGGGAGGAAGGAGGAGGUGGUUACCCGAGAAUACACCAUCAACCUCCACAAGCGCUUGCAUGGCUGCACAUUCAAGAAGAAGGCUCCGAAUGCAAUAAAGGAGAUCAGGAAGUUUGCACAAAAAGCCAUGGGGACCAAGGAUGUGAGAGUGGAUGUAAAGCUGAACAAGCACAUAUGGAGCAGGGGCAUCCGGAGUGUUCCAAGGAGGAUUAGGGUUCGCAUUGCACGAAAGAGGAAUGAUGAUGAAGAUGCAAAGGAAGAGCUCUACUCUCUUGUCACUGUUGCUGAAAUCCCACCGGAGGGAUUGGGGGGUUUGGGCACCAAGGUCAUUGAAGAAGAUGAUUGAUUUAAUCAAUUCUCUGUUAUAAGUAAACUUGCUGUUUAUUCGGUACAAGGAUUUUAGAUGAGGAUUUUAUCUGGAAUUUUAAGUUUUAUGAAUCAGACUACUUGUUUUGUUUUC